CUGUCCAUCUGUGUUGAUACAGAUCUAAAAAAAAUUGGACUAACGGAGUGUCUGCCUACGUUGCUCUUCGUGUGGACUAAUUUUUGCUUUAUACUCUGGAAAUAUAUAUAUGUAUAUAUAUAUAUAUAUAUAUAUAUUCUUUUUUUCAACGUGGGAAAUUUGUGUUAAAGCCACCAUCUGGUUCGUGAAAUUGUGAGGACCUGGCUGUAAUAUUUGCUCUCCCCUUAUCUACUCCACAAAGUGAAGGUUGAUAUGACAACUCAGUGAUGGAGCCCAUGACGGUGACAACGUCAGUGGUCGGACCAGAUGAGUUUGACCGCAAUGCCCCGCGGAUCUGUGGAGUGUGUGGAGACAAGGCCACCGGCUUCCACUUCAACGCCAUGACCUGUGAGGGCUGCAAGGGGUUCUUCAGGCGCAGUAUGAAACGUAAAGCCUCCUUCACCUGCCCAUUCAAUGGAAGCUGCACCAUCACUAAAGACAACAGGCGUCACUGCCAGGCCUGUCGUCUGAAACGCUGCAUCGAUAUCGGCAUGAUGAAAGAGUUCAUACUGACAGAUGAGGAGGUUCAAAGGAAAAAGGAAAUGAUAAUGAAGAGGAAGGAGGAGGAGGCAGCUCGUGAGGCAAUGAGGCCACGACUGAAUGAGGAGCAGGCUCGGAUGAUCUCUUCCCUGGUGGAAGCUCACCACAAGACCUAUGAUGCCUCCUAUUCCGACUUCUCACGUUUUAGGCCUCCAGUGCGUGAAGGCCCUGUAACUCGGAGCGCCAGCAGAGCUGCUUCUCUUCAUUCUCUGUCUGAUGCCUCUUCUGAUUCAUUCAACCACUCACCAGAAUCAGUGGACACCAAGAUGAAUUUUAGCAGCCUGCUAAUGAUGUACCAGGAUGGCGCAAGUAGUCCGGACUCCAGUGAAGAGGACACUAAGCUCUCCAUGCUGCCCCACCUGGCUGAUCUGGUGUCUUACAGCAUCCAGAAAGUCAUCGGCUUUGCGAAGAUGAUCCCAGGCUUCAGAGAGCUGUCAGCAGAAGACCAGAUUGCUUUGUUGAAGUCGAGUGCCAUUGAGAUCAUCAUGCUGCGCUCAAACCAGUCAUUUAGUCUGGAGGACAUGUCCUGGAGCUGUGGGGGACCCGACUUUAAAUACUGCAUCACUGAUGUUACAAAGGCGGGUCACACCCUGGAGCUGUUGGAGCCGCUGGUGAAGUUCCAAGUUGGUCUGAAGAAACUCAACCUGCACGAGGAGGAACACGUGCUGCUCAUGGCCAUCUGCCUGCUGUCUCCAGAUCGUCCAGGCGUUCAGGACCACGCCCGCAUCGAGCAGCUCCAGGACAGUCUGUCAGAGGCUUUGCAGGCCUACAUCCGGGUCAACCACCCAGGCGGCCGCCUCCUCUAUGCCAAGAUGAUCCAGAAGCUCGCUGACCUGCGCAGCCUGAAUGAGGAGCACUCCAAGCAGUACCGCUCGCUCUCCUUCCAGCCCGAGCACAGCAUGCAGCUCACCCCGCUGGUGCUGGAAGUGUUUGGCAGUGAGGUGUCAUAGCGGAGGAGAAGACACGUGUGCACACAUUCAUCAUACACAGGAUAAUUAACCAACCCGUGCUGCCUUUCCCUCAAGAAAACUGCAGCCUUCAUAAAGCCUUGGACAUGUGGGAGAAAGAUGGAUAAUCACAUAUGUAGACGGUUAUUUUCACCUCAUCUAUCAACCCCCCCGCCUUUUACCUCGAGCAGCAGAACUCAACCUUGGCCAUUACUGGACCUCUGGAUUCAUAAUCAUAAGACAUACAGAUAUUCUUGUGGUUUCAGCAGCAGUUAGCCCGUCAGAUUAUGAUCUGACUUCCAUAAACAGAAAACUGCAUUACAGUUUAAUGCAUAUGCAGAUAUCCUGACUCACUGACAUCCUCAUCCUUCAACUACAAAUGAAAAAAGAAAAUCAUCCACGUUUUCCCCUGGAAACUACUUCCUGCAAUUUUUUUGUUAAAGUGAUGACAGCUUGAUGGAUGUGACCAUCACCUCCCUUUCACCAUCACCAUCAUAGCAUUUCUCCAUGUUCACAACAUGACCAUGACGGAAAUAAAUGCACAGAUUUACAUCAAUUACCCAAGCUGGGAAAUAAACUAAGUGUAGAUAGCUAUAAACUAUUGUUGGUUUACAGUUUAACAGCAAAGGCAUCCAAAUAUAUUAAACAUCAGAGGUCAUGCACAAGCUCGCACUAAAUUCAUAGAAGAUGCUUGGUUUAUGGAUUUUAAUAUACUUGGCUAUGAUGGGAAUCGAACAGGUGUGUUAUCUGGUGUGUGCCCCUGCCCUUUGAAUGUCUAUGUGCAAGAAAAAGUCUUAGUCUAAUGAAAUGAAGACACAUGUUGGGAAUGGUGGGAAGAAAGGUGCAAUUUGGAGAAACAAGGAACGAUGGAGGGGGCUGCAAAAGUUGGAUUUCCCUAUUAGCAAAGGGAGUUUAAUAAAACAAGAAUGUAUGUAUAAUUCUAUAUAAUUAAGAAAUGAUAAGUAUAAGCUGAUAUAUGUGUGUAUAUACAGUACCAGUCACGCGUGUGGACACACCUGUCCACACGCUUGACUGGUAAUGUAUAUACAAACAGAUACUUCUGAGAGUGUUGAAAAAUGUAGAGGAUCUUAAGGCCCCUCCUCAGUUCUGUGUGUGGAUGUCAUCUUUUAGAAGACAUGUACAUGCACACACUGAGAAGUGUGUGAGGAGUCCUUCUAUUUUUGCUAUAUGUGUACAGUGUGUGAGAGUAUUGAUGGACCACAAGGGGGUGAACGUCACAGGCUUGUAUGAGGGUCACAGUGCAAAGAAGCACUUCUCUGUUGGACUUUCUCAUUUUGGACCUGUGAAGUUUGUAGACUGACAAAUAGUGAUUAUACAGAAAUAUUCGUUUGGCUGGUUGGAUUGCUGCUACGACAGAGCUAGAUAGUUGGAUAGAAACCAGCUGCCAGCUGUUGCCUCAGGGAUAGUUUGUCUGACGAUAUUGUGUACUUUUUAUGGUGUGCGUGGCGUAAGCUUACAAUCAGGAGACAGAGAUUGUUUUUAAAGCUCUAGGCAUCACUGUGAUUUGUAAUCAUAUUGAAAAACAGUAUAAGGAAGCUAAGAGAUAAACUUUUAGAAAUGAUUGCCACAAGCUUCUCAUUCCUCAGCUUAUCUGAUUAUUUAAAAACUUAUGAUCAUGUUAAUAAAUUUAUGAGAACAGAAGAGCAUUUUUAAAUAAACUGAUAAAAUGCCAAUUGAUAUCAGCCUUAAGUUUACGGCUUUUUUUCAGGGCAAAGCGAUUACUCUUAAAAUGGUAGCAGUGUUUAGUUAUAAAACGGUGUACAGUUCUUUGUUUUUGGAAUAAAAUCCUUUAGAUGCUCUCAAAAGCAGGGCAAUGAUUUAAAAAAAAAAGCAUAAGAAAGAUUUUUUAUAUAUAUAUAUAUAUAUAUAUACUGAUGAUAAAAUUAAGCCUCCUACUUAUUUGUCACAUUUAUAUCAUUUCAACACCAGCCACAUAAGCAAGGUUUAUCACUACUAUAUCACUACAUAUCAUAUCACAUUUCUGUUAACAUGGUGCAUGCUCACCUUUCAUGCAGGCCUGGAUCACCCCCUUGUGGAGAAACUUUGUAAAUACCACUUGCUAAGUCUGUACAUAGAAACUAAUGUAGGUAUAAUACUAAGAGAAUUAAAUUGCUGACAAGAAGAUGCUCUGGAGAUACAAUGCUAUAUGCAAUUAGGAGAUAAACCCUAAUGUUGUACUCAACCUGAAUGGACAGAGGUGUCAAAUGUUGAUCAACUUACUGAGUUGUUUCAGGAGGCACUGACGAAGACUGCUAGGUUUGUGACCAGUAUGACAGUUUUGUCCAUCAUCCCUAAGGAAAUUCAAAUUUUCCCAAUUUCUUGUCAGCAGAGUAACGAUUUGGAGCAAAUUUAAGUCAGGCUGACAAGCAUUACAAAGUACCUUGAUAUCACCAAACUGACCAAUAUAGUCUCUCAUAACCAUCCCUCACUGCUGGGACUAGCAGAUCUGAAGCAUCAUAACUGUAAAGGCAGUGAACAUUCCCAGUGACAGUUGGACUGAGCAUUCCAGUUGGCUCAUGCAGGAUAUACACAGAAAAUCAGUCUGAACACUUUUAACUCUCUGGCAGCCUAUAAAGGGCACCCAACAACUCAGUAAGUCAUCACUUUAGGCGUCCUGUCUGUCCAUUCCAAGCUUAUGGAUGUAUGUCUUUUCUCUCCUCAAUCAAUCAAGCUUUUAACAGUUACAUAGUAUAUACAUUAUAUUUUCAUUUCGGCGAACAUAUGAUUAUCUGUUUGUCAAAAUUGUUGAUUUUAAUGUGUGUCAGGGUUUUGCUGUCUAGCUGGUGCUUGGCUUUCUGCGCUGGAACAUUGUUAUAAUGAAGCAACAUUGACCUCUGGAGCCGUUUCCAAGUGCAUGUGAACAAGCUCCCUGUCCCCAACUCCUCAAUUUCAAGUGAGCAAACUUCUAAUAGCCCUGUUUAACUCUUAUUUGGACCAGAAAUGGAUACUAGUACCAGUCCACAUCCUUUUACAAAUGGAAGAAAAAAGGUUUUCCCUGGAGUUGUAUCCUCAAGGGAAAGAGCAAAUUCAUUUGUCAAUGGAAAGACAGUCCCCAGCUUCUGUAUACGUACAACUUCUUUUUGCAGGAGCUAAUGUCGAAGACACUCAAGUGAUCAUUAAGUAACACUGCCUCAACUUACUGACAGGAUUUAGCCAGUGGCAGACCACUGCAGCAACAGCUUUGGCGUGCCUCUUCGUUCAUCAGCCAGCCAUCUAACCUCCUAUUCAUCUACAAUAGCCAGUUAAAGCAGGAUUUCUCUUCAUAGCUUUAAGUCAGCUGCCAGCCAAGCUCUGCUUUGGAAAUCUGUGGUGCACCAAGGCCUAGUAGGAGUUUGGGAUUUAGGGAAACAGCUGCUGUGGAGCCGGACAUGUCACUUGGUGGGAAAACGACCCCUCUGUCAUGUUUGAUCCAGGAAACCUUUGGAUUGGACCUCCACCAGACUGUGCAGAUUCUGUAUAAAGAUCAUAGUAUUUUUCAAAUGAGAAUUGCCACAGUUAGAUGUAGUGAUGUGCUCUACAGGCAGAGUGUGCAGAGACUGACUGAGACAUUACCUCUAAAAUCCAAAGUGUGACAUUAUCAUGCUUUUUACUCUGUGUCACUUCUCAGCUUUUAACUUUCAGAUUUUUAUCAAUCAUUGUCCGUUGUUAUAUAGUUGUUGAAAGACUUUUUUUUUAUUUGCAUUCAUCAUCAACAUCUACAUCAUCCGAUUCAAAAGGAAUGCAGGACAGGGUAAAAAGGGUAGACACUUUUCUCUUUUUAAGGUUCGGAGAGUGGCAUGUCAUUUCUUACCUCUGCUAUCUCACUGCCAAAUGCUGACUUUCCUAUGAGGAUGAUUUCUCAUUAAUAAUGGUCAAAUUUUGGGGUUAUAAAUGUAGAACAUAAUAAAAAAUAUAACUUGCUUGUAGUUUUUACAUUAAUGGUCAACAUCAUGGCUGAUUGUAGAGGUCAUUAUUACUCAAUGAACCUAAAAAAAUACUGAGUUAUCUACCCUCUUUACCCUUUAUCCCUUCAACCCAGGUCAGCAGCUCCACCUCAGUAGCCUUACUUACAGAGACCUCACUCAGCUGGAAACAUUUAACAGAUACCUCAGUAGUUUACAGGAAUACUCGUCACAAUAGCCUUGCAAGGGAACCAAACAUAAACCCAUACCACACACACACUCAGACACACUACAACGCUGUCCUCAGCAAACCUCUGCAGUUUUUAUGUCAAAUUUACAGAAAUCUGGUAGCUAGUUAUUGUAAAAUGAGGGAUGUCCAGUAGAAUCCUGUUGCCAGUAGGUCUCUAAGUAUACGAGAGGAUCCCAAUGUUUCUAAAUGUUACCCGUCACUCUGCUUUAUACGGUCUCUCCUUAACGCUGCCUCAUUCUGUAUUUUCAGCCGUUAUCUCUCCAAGCAGAUGUUGUGCUGCUAAGCUUCAGCACUGCGUUUAACCAAAAAUACUACCUCUCCUGCCCGCACAUAGAAAGAUAACAUAUUGCAGCAUGAUUGUGUCUAACACUAAUUUAGAAGUUUUUUUGUGUAUAUGUACAGUUGCGCUUUCUUUUUAUCUCUUUUCAAAUGCUGGAAUUUUUUUUAUACCUCAAAUCUCUACAUAAGCCUACAAAUCUUAACUCUGCCGUGUGGAACUUUUACUGCAGUUUAUUUUAUCCUGACUGUUGUUUCUCUAUCUUUCUUAGACCUCUCCUCUGAGCAUCAAGUUUCUUCUUUUUUGUAAGUCUAGAGCAUCAGAUUUUAAGCAUUGCUUCUUGCCAUGGCCUCAAACCAAACCUCUUCAUGCAACUGUCUAUGUUGCUAUGGUGACACCACAUGCUGUGUUAAACCAGUCAUUGCUUACUGGCCUAAAAUUCAAGAUUUAAACUGAGAUUUGUCCGUAAGGGUUAAUUGAAAGCACCCUGUAACUCAGUAGCAUAAAAAAAUACUCACACUUUUCUCUACCCUGACCUUUGAGCUUCACAUUAUUCAGAAUCGUAGAAGAAAAAUCUACUUACGGUACGCUAACACAGGUUAACGCAGGACAUUUUUAGUUCCACUAUCUCACUUUUGCAAGGCCUUGCUUGUGAUGCAUAUUCACAUACUUGUAAAAGUCCCACACUCCAGCUUUAUUCUUACUGAUCAGAGGCCUCUAUUGCACCAUUUUUUUUCACUGAAGUGUGUAAGUGAAUGUUAAAAAAUCUUUGCAUGGAAACAAGUUUUCAGUUACUUUGCUGCUGUGACCAAAUGAUGUUGGUUCUUCAGUGUCAUGCAGAACAAAAGUUUUCUGACUAUUUUCUAACAGUAAAAAGUAUUUGAUUUGGAUAAUUCCUGCUCUGACUACAGAAACUCAAGUUAGUCUUGCUAUAGCUUUACAAUACAACUAUUAGUUGCCAUAGUAACUCAGCUGACACGGCUUGAGAAAAUUUCUGAUGCUAUAGCUGUUUUGGGGUGAUUUUGUCUUCUUUUUAUCCUAUAAAUCUUCCUACUACGGAACAUUAUUAGAAAUGCCUAAAACUUGUUUGUGCUGUUUUUUCAACACUUUAAUCUUCAUUAACUUGGUUUUAUAAAUUAAGAUUUAAACACCAGGUGAGGUUGGUGUAGACUUGUGAUAACCUCAGAGAAAAAGUAGAAAAUCUUUAAAGUACCUAACCUUCUUUUUGUGAGUUAUAAUGCUAAACCUGUGCCGUACAGUCGUAAACCUCUCAGUUAGGCUUGAGCCAACGGGUUCAGCCUCACACAGCUGUUCAGAAAUAAGGCAUGAAGGUCUAACAGUUUACUUUUAAUUACUAAAAAAGGGGAAAUUGUCAGUUAUGAUCGGUCAAAAAAAAAAAAAAGAAAAACUGGAAAUAACACCCAAUGCAGUGACCUUCAGCCAAGUGUCGUCACUGCAGGUUUCCUGCAUGCUUUCUCUUGCUGAAGCUCUCCUCAACUGUCUGAUAAGGGUUUGCUACAUUGGGAUCCCAUUUUAGUUUCUCUAGAUGCAAACUGUGUGUUGUUUAGUAUGCUCAGCAGUCAGGCAUGUCGCAUACAGCCACUGCAGCCCGGCAUUCUCAGCACUCUGCCUUCUUCCAUUCUAGUUGUAAAAACUUUGGUUUGUUUUUCGCUUUCACUCAGUUUUCAGGAAAGCAUACGCUGCGAACAACACACCAAGCCUUCAGCGUACACUCUUCUAAUUAUUAAGGAGUCACUUCUCAGCUCGCAGCUGUUAGAAGUCCACUCUCUUUUUAGGUUCACUUGUUACCAUCUGAUGUUGUUUAUAAGAGGACUGAAUAGUGUCUCAAAAUUAUAUUUGAUGAUACAGUUUUAAUAUCAACAAAUUAUUCAUCUAAUGGUCUUUUAGUGAAAAUGAGGAAAUUGUGAUAGAUUUUGAGUUUAUCUUUAAAAAGAGUUAUGUCCUGCUUGACAGCCAGGAGGGUUUUUUUUAAUUAGAAUGAUUCAGUUUAUUAUUAGAUUACGCUUAAAUCAGCUCUGAUCUGUAAAAGCAUACAUAUUCGAGCUGUUCUUUAUUUCAAAUGCCUCAUUAGAAGUUUCUGAUUUGAAAUGUUUUGGCCCGUGUUUAAACCUGCGGAGAAUAAGUGUGUAAAAGUCAGCUUCUCUACUGUUGUGACAGACGGAUAGUUUUCUUUCGUGACAGAUGGUUCAUCUGUUGCUCUGAUUGCAUUUCUCUGCUACCUCUUUAAAUAUGCGCUUGCUCACACACACAUGCACUUAUCGACUGCACUCACAGGUGAACUCAUUGACUGAAAGACAGUGAACACAGUACACUCAUUCAAACACACACAGACACACAAGUGUGCACUUCUUGUUCCCUCACCAGCAGGUUUUUUGCCAAUGAUGCACUUGUGUUUGUCUUUUAAAUGCUCUGCUAAACGUACGUCUGAAAAUGAUUUGUCAUCAUUGUUAUGUUUUAUUUCUUUCUUUCUUUUUUUUUUUUAAACCUCUGAUCUCAAUAUGAAAACCUGGGCCAGACAGGUGAUUUGAAAUAAAUUCAUUUUUAACUCAUAUGUACUUUUAGAAAGUUUCAUGUCUUUUUAAAAGAAAACAUAAAUGCACAUAUUGCUCAGCUAAGUUUUACCUUGGUGUGCCUAGAACCCACAGCCUUAUUUUGGGACAAUAUCAGGGGUUUUAAACCAGAACACAUGUUGUUCGGUAUCGGACAGAUUCACUGAGUUUCAGUGGCUCAUUUGUUGUUUUUUUUUUUUUUUUUUUGUCUCUUCAUAUCCAAACAUUUGUCAGUUUCUUCAGUUGUAAGAUUUUAAGUCAGCAGUAGCUUGCUAGUGGGAGGUGCAUGUCCUCAUAAGGAGGUGCUACGUCAGUGUUUAUACUGGUUGUGAUUCAUUCACAGUUAUUUAUUCCCCUUUUAAUUGACCGUCAGUACAAAUCAGACGUCCUGUGCUGACUCUGCAGAUGCAAUUAAGCUGAAUUUCAUGUAUUUUGACUUAAUUGUUGAAGUCAAAUUACAUUAAAUAAAGAAUUCCCAGUGAACUGACUUAUUAUCGUCCUUAUGAGAGCAAUAAACAAAAACUUCAAUUCAGUUGUUUUAAGCAGUGUCCCAAGAUAAGUAUUUUUACCUCCACACAUGCACACCACCAUGCAGUAAAUGUCACCGAACCGUAGUGCUUCUAGCUGAAAUUAGUCUUUUCAAAAUCCACAGUUGCCAUGGCAUCGCUGUUGAUGGCACCAUCAAUAGCCUUAUAUGAGAAGAGUUAGUGUUAUUCAUACAGUACCUUAACCAAUGUCUGUCUUUGUGGUUGAAUCACCGCCUGUCUUUUGUGUUGCUCUUUUCUUUUUGUUAAUUUUGAAGCUGAUUCUUUUGAUUACCUGUAUUGUAUGUAGUAAAAUACUCAUAAUGUUUUGGGGAAAUCACAAAUAAAACAGCUGUACAUAAUGAUGCAUAA